AUGGAUUCUAUUGGGGUAGCUGAUAAGCCUCACGCAGUAUGCAUCCCAUACCCAGCACAAGGCCACAUAAACCCUAUGCUCAAGUUGGCAAAGCUCCUUAAUAGCAGAGGCUUUCACAUCACUUUUGUUAACACCGAWUACAACUACCGGCGCUUGCUCAAGUCCAGAGGCCCUAAUUCCCUAAGUGGUUUAGUUGAUUUCAGGUUUGAAACCAUCCCUGAUGGUCUACCACCGUCUGAUACUGACGCCACCCAAGAUAUCCCUACCCUCUGCAACUCCACCAAGAACUCUUGCCUGCUCCCCUUCCGCACCCUCCUUUCCAAGCUCAAUAAUUCUUCCUCCUCCAACAUUCCUCCUAUUACUUGCAUCAUAUCUGAUGGGGUCAUGAGCUUCACUCUUGAUGCUGCUGAAGAACUAGGUAUUCCUGAGGUUCUCUUUUGGACUACCAGCGCUUGUGGCUUCAUGAGCUAUGUGCACUAUCCCUAUCUCAUUGAAAGAUGUCUUACGCCACUCAAAGAUGCAAGCUAUCUAACAAAUGGGUAUUUGGAGACCACCAUCGACUGGAUACCUGGAUUAAUGAAGGAUAUUCGUUUGAGGGAUCUCCCGAGCUUCGUUCGAACUACCAACCCAGACGACAUCAUGCUCAACUUUUUAAAGGAGGAAGUAGAGAGAGCUAAACGAGCUCAAGGAAUCAUUCUUAAUACUUUCGAUACCUUGGAACGCAAGGUUUUGGAUGGACUUUCGUCCAUGUUUUGUCGUGUUUACUCUGUUGGUCCACUUCAUUUGUUCGCCAGUAAUCAGAUCUCGGAAAAUGAUGAUUUGAAGUCUAUUGACUCAAAUCUAUGGAAAGAAGAAGCAGGAUGCAUGGAGUGGCUCGACUCCAAGAAACCCAACUCGGUUGUGUAUGUGAACUUUGGCAGCAUCACCGUAAUGACAGGUGAACAACUGGUGGAGUUCGCCUGGGGACUGGCUAAUAGCAAUCAAACCUUCUUGUGGGUUAUUAGACCCGAUCUGGUGAAAGGUGACUCGGCACUUCUACCUCCAGAGUUCGUACAACAUACCAAAGAAAGAGGUCUACUGGCGAAUUGGUGCCCGCAAGAGCAAAUCCUCAACCACCCGUCAAUUGGAGUGUUUUUAACGCACUGUGGUUGGAAUUCGACGUUGGAGAGCAUUUGCAAUGGAGUGCCUAUGCUGUGUUGGCCAUUCUUCGCGGAGCAACAAACCAAUUGCCGGUAUACCUGUACUGAAUCUGAAUGGGGGAUAGGCAUGGAGAUCAAUAACGACGUCAAGAGAGAUGACGUUGAAAGCCUUGUCAGACAGUUAAUCAACGGAGACAAGGGGAAGGAGCUCAAGAACAAGGUCAUGGAAUGGAAGAAGAAAGCCCAAGAAGCCAUAUGUCUAGGUGGCUCGUCUCGCUUGAAUUUUGACAAAAUGAUCGACCAAGUGCUUCUCUCCAACUCCAACUCCAACUCCAAAUAAUUAUGGAAUUUGGGGAAUCAAAUUCCAUUUCUUAAUUAUAAUAACUAUUAGUGUAUAUAUGAUGUUUGUAACUUAAUUUGUAUGAAAAUAUGGUUAAAAAUAAAACAGGGGGCUACGACAACCACUACAAGUGCAGCUGAAUUCUGAUGGAAUUCAAUAAUAUUGGUCCCAGUCAAGUAGCCACAUGUAUUGUUUUAAUAUUUU